GCCUCCGUGCGUCUGACGUCAGCACGCAAUCCCCGAACCCGAGGCUGAGGCUGUAAACAAUAAAACCCAGCCCGUCCAUCAUCCAUGCGCUAAACAUGCAUCUGUCCGCGAUGACGGCUGUGUUGUCGGUGCUGCUGUGGCUCUUCUGCGCCCUCCGGUCCGCUCGAGGAGCGUCUGGGAGCCCCCUGAGCAGGUACAUCCGUCACUACGAGGGUCUGUGGUACGACAGGGAUCUGCUGCACACACAGCACACGAGAGCCAAGAGAGCGCUGUCUCUACAGGAGCGAGAGCUACAGCUGGACUUCCACGCUCACGGCCGACAUUUUAACCUGCGAAUGAGGCGAGACACCAGACUGUUUUCAGAAGACUUUAAGCUGGAGAUGUCUGGAGAGGAGCUGGACUACGACACCUCACACAUCUACACCGGAGAACUGUACGGUGAACACGGCUCUCUGACGCACGGAUCGGUCGUGGACGGCCAGUUCGAGGGCUUCAUUCAGACCCAUCGAGGGACGUAUUACGUGGAGCCGAUGGAGAGAUACCUGCAGGACAAGAACGUCCCGUUCCACUCCGUCAUCUACCACGAGGACGACAUCCAGUAUCCGCACAAAUACGGCCCAGAAGGCGGCUGCGCAGACUCGUCUGUGUUUGAGAGAAUGAAGAAGUAUCAGGCGUCAGCGCUGGAGGAACCGGCCAAGGAGGAUCACGUGUUGCUGAGGAAGAGGAGGAUGACCCAGGUGGAGAAGAACACCUGCCAGCUCUUCAUCCAAACCGAUCACCUCUUCUUCAAGUACUACAAGAGCAGAGAGGCCGUGAUCGCUCAGAUCUCCAGUCACGUCAAGGCCAUCGAUGCCAUCUACCAGGGCACAGACUUCAUGGGCAUCCGCAACAUCAGCUUCAUGGUCAAGAGGAUACGGAUAAACACCACGAGUGACGAGCGCGAUCGCUCCAACCCCUUCCGCUUCGCUAACAUCGGCGUGGAGAAGUUCCUGGAGCUGAACUCGGAGCAGAAUCAUGAUGAUUACUGUCUGGCGUAUGUCUUCACCGACCGGGACUUUGACGACGGUGUGCUGGGUCUGGCCUGGGUCGGGGCUCCAGCCGGGAGCUCUGGGGGGAUCUGUGAGAAGAACAAGCUGUAUUCUGACGGGAAGAAGAAGUCUCUGAACACCGGGAUCAUCACAGUGCAGAACUACGCCUCGCACGUGCCUCCUAAAGUCUCACACAUCACCUUCGCUCACGAGGUCGGACACAACUUCGGUUCCCCGCAUGACUCCGGGUCAGAGUGCACUCCCGGCGAGUCUAAGAGCCAGGAUAAGAAGGAGCGAGGGAACUACAUCAUGUACGCUCGAGCCACUUCUGGAGACAAGCUGAACAACAACAAGUUCUCCGUCUGCAGCGUCAAGAACAUCAGCCAGGUGCUGGAGAAGAAGCGCGGCACCUGUUUCGUGGAGUCCGGACAGCCCAUCUGUGGGAACGGUCUGGUGGAGCCGGGCGAGGAGUGUGACUGUGGCUACAGUGAUCAGUGUAAAGAUGACUGCUGCUACGAUGCUAAUCAGCCAGACAACAGGAAGUGCAAACUCAAGCCCAACAAAGUCUGCAGUCCGAGUCAGGGCCCCUGCUGCAGGGCCGAGUGCUCCUACAAGGGCCGGAACGAGAAGUGUCGUGAGGAGUCGGAGUGUGCUCAUCAGGGCAUGUGUAACGGUGCCUCGGCGCAGUGCCCCACCUCAGAGCCCAAAGCUAACUUCACCGCAUGCCACGGGGACACGCAGGUCUGCCUGAACGGGGGCUGCUCCGGCUCCAUCUGUGAGAAGUACGGGCUGGAGGUCUGCACCUGUGCUAGCGUGGAUGGCAAAGACGAGACCGAGCUCUGCCACGUGUGCUGCAUGGAGAAGAUGAACCCCAGCACCUGCAGCAGUACAGGCUCUGAACGUCUCGCUCGCUUCUUCAACAAGAAGGUCACCACUCUUCAGGCCGGCUCGCCGUGCAACGACUUCAAGGGCUACUGCGACGUCUUCAUGAAGUGUCGUCUGGUGGACGCUGAUGGUCCUCUGGCGCGCCUGAAGAAGGCCAUCUUCAACCCAGAGCUGUAUGAGAACAUUGCCGAAUGGAUCGUGGCUCACUGGUGGGCAGUUCUGCUCAUGGGAAUAGCUCUCAUCAUGCUAAUGGCUGGAUUCAUUAAGAUCUGCAGUGUUCACACACCCAGCAGCAACCCCAAACUUCCUCCUCCCAAACCACUGCCAGGUACGCUGAAGAGACGACGAGCUCAACAAGCCAGUCAGCAGCAGCAGCAGCACCACAACCAGAACCAGCACGCUCACGCUCACCAGAACCAGCGAGCGGCUCCACGCCAGGCCCAGCGCCAGCCCCAGCCCCAGCGCCACCGGCAGCCCCGCGACAACUACCAGAUGGGUCAGAUGAGACGCUGAGAGCCCCACCCUCCACACCCUCCUCUGUCAGCUCCAGAGCGUUUCGUUCGGUCCCAGUCACUGGAGCGGUUUACAGGAAUGUGUGCGGAGUCCAUAAUGCUUCCUCAGACUGGAUGAGAACACCAACCCCACUCUGCCCUUCACUCUGUCGUCUUUCAUUAUUUCUGUUGGUUUUUUUACCCUCGAGUGCCAAGGUUUACCGGGGUAUUUGUAGAUAGAGCAUCUUCUGUUGUCCUUCAAGACUUGUGGUUUGAUAUGAAACAUCUUUUUAAGGAUUCGUGCGAAGCUCCGGCCCAGCUGUCUCCACAUGCACGGAAAAGGACUUUUAUUUUGUAAGAGCAGAAAUGUUACGCCUUCCCUUUUCCGCAGGGUCGUGGCUGUAUAGUGAAACGAUAUUAGCUGUAUUAUAUGUGAGAAAAGAUUAUUUCUUCUACUGUCAAUAAGAGAUUUACAGUUGUUUUUUUGGCAACACUCAGGACUCAAAAACACUAAUGAAGGAGGCGGCUCAGCGUCAGUCCGCCGUUUACAUGAUUCAUUGUGUGUUCGUGUUUGUUUGUAUAUAACUCCACACCUCUAUGGCAAGCCUUUCAACAUUUAAUACUUAAACUUCUUCAGAUACUUGUGCUCAUUAUUGAGAUAACUAGUGCUUAUUCUUUAGGUACUAGGUCUCAUUAUUUUGGUACUUGUAACUUUUUAAUGAUAUUAGUACUUAUUUCAAUAGAGAUUAGUAACUGUUCUAUUGUAGUAGGGAUAUUCCAUGGGAUGUGUUAUUCAGAUACUGUUCAUCUUUGACUAGUAAUAAUUCCAGUAGUGACGAGUAUGUUUUCAAAAAGUACAAUUAGAAACACUCAAUUAUAAAUUAGUACUAGUUUAUUAAAUACGAUCACUUUUAUUAGAUACUAGUAUAUCUUUAUGAAACACCUGUAGUUGUUCGUUAGGCACUAGUUUUAGGGACUUCAUUUUUAGACAAUAGUGUCUUUUGUUUUUGUUACUAGUCACAAUUCUUAUUUUAGUAGUGAAACCUGUUUUUAUUUAUUGUUUGUUUUGGGGGGUUAUUACUAGUCAAAAUGACAUUGAAAAUCAAUGGAAAAUCUUUAAAGUAAAAUGAAAAAUCUUACCAGAAACACUUGGAAUAGGAAUUACUGGGUACUCUUAUCUUUUAAAAAGGUACUGCUAGCUAAAGAUAAGCACUAGUUGUAUGAAAGUGAAUGCUAGUCUGUUUUCAGGAUUAAAUGUUAAAGUGGCUUGCCAUACACUCACAUUCACCACAAUCCACCAAUGAGGAACGUGUGCAUGAAGAGCAGCGCAAACUUGAGUUUAAUGUGUAUUACAGCAAGACGCUCACGGAGAAACCUUUAUAAACGAUCGUUUGAGAAGACUGAUGUAGCUGAGCAUCAUGGGAAAGCAUUCGUCUCCCAGUGAAGAGGAUUCUUACGGUACUAACGGUCACAUUAACAUGUUUAGUUUACAGACUGACAGAAACACAUCUUCAUCAUCAUCAUCAUCAUCGUCUGACUGUCCACUUCCUCUCAUGUGAACUCUGUACAGUAACUGGAGGAUUUCUGCUCGAUUUGAAGCUACAUUUUGAUACUGUACUUUUGUGUUUGUGUUUGUGGAGUCCAGGCCGACCGCAGCGAGGAAGAAACCGGUUCGGUGGACUGGGGGAGAUCUCAAUAUUUGCCUGUUUUUCAACUUUAUUUCAUUUUUACUUAGUCUUGGUGAAACUUCAUAGAGGAAAAGUGCACUGAAAAAACCUCUUAAUUGAGUCCAGAUGUUGUAGGUGAAAAUAGGCCAAACACUAAAAUUGAGAAACGAAUGAAAAAAACUGAUUAAAAAAAAAAGUUUAAUA